AAACAGGGACAUUGUAACUCGUUGCAAGUCUUUUCAAGCGUCAGUCUGCUUCGCUCGCAUCGCCUUUCAUCACUCAAGGCUCGGGGGGCCCGUUUGGGACAAUGUUGAAGGUAGCUAUUCCGCUGCUGACCUUGGCGGUUUGGCUGCUUCAGCCUGCCAGCGCGCAGCUCAGCCUCAACCUGGACACAAAGACCGGAGCGUAUUCGAUCCUCAACAAUGGCAAGGAGUGGUUGUAUGGCGCGGGCUUUGGUAUCCGUGCCAACGGCAAGGUUUACAGCACAAUGGAUGGCUCUCUGAAGAUAUCCGGAGUGUUCUACGACCACUCUGCCAGCUUCAUCGGUGAAUAUAGGGUUACCACUAUUACGUUCACCGAUGCGGCCGGCGCAAAGAUGUUUGCAGCCGCGUUCAAUGUCUACAAUUCGAACGUGAUCCACUUUGAGCAGAUGAUACCGGCAUCCAUGACUAACAUGUCGACUGGAGAUAACAGCGACGUUAUCACGGCAUUUCCCAUGUUUAACGAAUCCAAGACCGACGCGGACAUGCUCAACUACUUGACCUGGUCGGGCACGUUCUGCAAUGGCGAGAUGGGUGCGUGGGGCAAAGGAAGCUUUGGCGGAGGUCACCGUUUCGGGCCACUGGUUCUGUACGAUAAAUCACUGGACACCUUUGUGAUGUCCAGCAUGAAUAACUUCAUGGUCAGCUACCCGUCACGAUCCAAGUCAUUUGGUAACUCUAUUGCCUAUGGUAUUGGAGGAAAGGUCAACGCACUGCCGGAGGGAUAUGUCUACUCUACCAUCCUUGUGGCCGGCCAGGGUGUACAGUCUACAAUGGCAAGGUGGGGAUCCAUUCUUCUGCAGCUGGGCAAGAAGUACCCAUCUACGCUCAAUUCCGACCCGUCCAUCUCCCAUCUUGGCUAUUACACCGACAAUGGUGCGUACUAUUACUAUAAGACUGAGCCGCAGAAGAACUACCAACAGACUAUGCUGGACGUCAAGGCCAAAGCUGCCCAGCUGGACAUUCCCUUCACGUAUUUCCAGUUCGACAGCUGGUGGUACUACAAGGAUCACCACAGCGCCGUCACGCUGUGGGAGCCUCGACCAGAUGUGUUCCCGGACGGCAUGAAGAAAUGGCUUGACUUGCCCCUAGUGCUGCACAAUCGAUGGUGGUCUCCGGAGAACAACUACAGCCAUGACUGGUUCAUAGCAGAGGAGAGCUGUGCACUGCCCGUCAGCGAGAAGCUCUUUGACUACAUCAUGGCCAAAGCAAAGGACUGGGGUAUGAUCGUCUACGAGCAGGACUGGCUGGUGACGACGUACGAGCGCAUGAGCGUGACGCAGUCGUCACUUUACGCUGCACAGAACUGGUUGCUCUACAUGGGCUCUGCUGCGUCCAAGCUCAACAUUUCGGUGCAGUAUUGCAUGCCUCUGCCCAUGCAUAUGUUACAAUCAACUUCCAUUCAGUCUGUCACUCAGGCGCGUGCAUCCGGUGACUAUCACCCAGGCAACACCAACUGGAACGUAGGACUGACGAGUCUGUUCUACUGGUCAAUUGGAGUUGUGCCGUUCAAGGAUGAUUUCUUCACACACGAUGGAGAGGAGGCCAACUGUCCGUAUGGUUCCAAGGGCUGCGUUGAGCCUAACUUUGAGCUGGUGACACUGGUAGCUUCUCUCACUGGCGGACCCGUUGGACCAUCAGAUGGAGUUGAUUAUCUGAACAAGGAGCUUAUCAUGAGGACCUGCAGGAAAGACGGCUUGCUUCUCAAACCCGAUCGCCCGGCUCUCUUCCAUGAUGCUGCGUUCAAGCUGGGCUUUGAUGGUCAGAAGCGCAUUGAGCUCUGGCACACACAGAGCAACAUCAGCGGUGCCGCUACUCACUACGUCCUCGUCAUUAGUUUGGAGGAGGAAAUCCAGGUGACGCUGGAAGACCUUGGCGAGUCGCCGGGUGCAGCAUUCAUUGCCUUUGACUACUUUGCAAGCUGCCCGCUGGGUCAGGAAGUAUGUGAGCUUGAAGGCAUGCAGCACGUCAACUCCACUUCGCCUCUAGUCAUCAAGCCACCAAGCAACAAAAAGCUGCGUAGCGGUGCAGUUACAUUCCAGUACUUUGUCCUGGCUCAAACCUGGCCCAAUGGCUGGACACCGGUUGGAGAAGCAGGAAAGCUCGUCCCGAUGUCCAGGCAGAGACUUUCUGCAGUGUCUGCACCUGCAGGCGGACCACUCACGGCCACUGUCACUGGUGCUGCCAGCGAGCAAGUACAGCUCUAUGCUAUCUUCCCCAAUGGAGAGUUUGGCCCGACCACCGUCGUGAUUCCCGCCAGCGGCACUGCCACGGUCACCUGCACGGGAAAUAGCGCGUCGACAGCCAAAUGCACUUGACAGCCAAAAGCACUAGACGGCACUCUCAACCCUGAAGAGGAGAGAGGCGUAUGAACGCCGCCUUUGUGAGAAAUCAUAGUACAUGAUGUUAUAGAAGGACUGUUUGCAAAAUUGCGAUUUUGUUACGGCCAAUAAAUUAUUUACGAUGUAUGUAUUUUUUAUUCAUUGGUAUGUAUUUUUCAAUUUCUACCUACAUUUCACCAAUUUCCAAAAAACUGCACUGGAGAACCCAAAUACCACCAUGCCACCCAAUAAUUGAUAAAGUGAUUGCUUUAUUUGCACAGAAGAAUUUUUAUAUUUUGCAUAGAAAAAAAUUCAGAACUCAA